AUGGUCCCUGGCCACGUCCGACGGCCGGCCAUGCUGUUGAGGUUGGCAGGUGUGGCCUUUCUCAUGGCCAUCGCUGAGGCACAAGAAGAGCCGCAGAGACUUCCGCGUGGCGCCGCGGCGGACGUUCUGCGUGCCAUGGCCGCCCUCGAGAGGGCGCAGGGUGAUCUGGUGGAGUGUCGCAAGUCGCUGCAAGUGUGCGAGGGCGCUCGCGGGGAUGAGGGGGAUGCCCGCAGAUCGCCCUCGCAGCCCAUCAGGUCCUCGAAGCUCUAUCCCGGGUCACCUGAAGCUCCGGAUUGGCCGGAGGGCUAUGGGACCCUGCUGCGCUUCCCUUUCGGCAUCUCCGAUAUGAAGACUUUGAAGGAGGUGGCCCGUGAGCUGUGGACACCGGAAGGGACAGCAGCUGACAUCGAGGAGGAGGUGUCGCAACUGGGCUUCCAUCAACACAGGGGCAUGAGGUGUGUUUCCGAAGUGGUUGGUGUCCACCCCGUUGGUGGAGUCGGCGUGCGCUGGUCCGGCGCGCUCUGGGAGUCUGCUCAGCAAUGGUGCCUAGAGAACGCGGAAUGUACAGGCAUCAUGCUCUAUGUUGGCUCCAACACGAUGAACUGCAACUCUUGGUGUGGCAGACCUCAGUUCUGCAAUGGCCAGAUCGAUGCCGCGGCCUCUGCCGGCGUGGAGGAGAGCAGCGAGUGGAAUCUCUGGGUCAAAGACGCUUCAACGCCCUAA